CUUAGUAUGUUCUCCCUGUCACAGCGGAUGUUUGUCUCUUUCAUAUGAACUGAAUGCUAAAGUGCGAGUUAAAUCAGUGGGAAAAACAAUGGAGAAGGCAACUUGCACACGACCAUGGCCAAGAUGGAGGUGAAGACCUCACUUCUGGACAACAUGAUCGGAGUUGGAGAUAUGGUUCUUCUGGAACCUCUCAACGAGGAGACUUUCAUCAACAACCUCAAGAAGCGUUUUGACCAUAAUGAAAUCUAUACUUACAUUGGAAGUGUGGUUAUAUCUGUUAACCCGUACCGGUCCUUGCCCAUCUACUCACCAGAGAAAGUGGAAGAUUACAGGAACAGAAAUUUUUAUGAGCUGAGCCCUCACAUCUUUGCCCUGUCGGAUGAAGCUUACCGAUCCCUACGUGAUCAAGAUAAAGACCAAUGUAUUCUCAUUACUGGGGAAAGUGGAGCAGGAAAAACAGAGGCCAGCAAGCUCGUUAUGUCCUACGUGGCAGCCGUUUGUGGAAAAGGAGCCGAAGUGAACCAGGUCAAAGAACAGCUCUUGCAGUCCAACCCGGUCCUGGAAGCUUUUGGAAAUGCCAAAACUGUGAGGAAUGACAACUCCUCGAGAUUUGGCAAAUAUAUGGAUAUUGAAUUUGACUUCAAAGGGGACCCCCUGGGAGGAGUGAUAAGUAACUAUCUCUUAGAGAAAUCUCGGGUGGUUAAGCAGCCGCGAGGCGAACGCAACUUCCACGUGUUCUAUCAGCUGCUCUCCGGGGCCUCAGAGGAGCUCCUCAAUAAACUUAAACUUGAGCGGGAUUUCAGCAGAUACAACUACCUGGGCCUGGACUCGGCCAGAGUUAACGGAGUGGACGACGCAGCAAACUUCAGAACCGUUAGGAAUGCCAUGCAGAUUGUGGGUUUUAUGGAUCACGAAGCCGAGUCUGUGCUGGAGGUGGUGGCAGCGGUGUUGAAACUGGGGAACAUCGAGUUCAAGCCCGAAUCGCGCGUGAACGGUUUAGAUGAAAGCAAAAUCAAAGAUAAGAACGAGCUAAAAGAAAUUUGCGAGUUGACCAGCAUUGAUCAGUCGGUCCUAGAACGAGCAUUCAGUUUCCGAACAGUUGAGGCCAAGCAGGAGAAAGUUUCUACGACCCUGAAUGUGGCUCAGGCUUAUUACGCCCGGGAUGCACUGGCUAAAAACCUCUACAGCAGGCUGUUUUCAUGGCUGGUAAAUCGAAUCAAUGAAAGCAUCAAGGCACAGACAAAAGUGAGGAAGAAGGUCAUGGGUGUUUUGGACAUUUAUGGCUUUGAAAUUUUUGAGGAUAAUAGCUUCGAGCAGUUCAUUAUCAAUUAUUGUAAUGAGAAGCUGCAACAAAUCUUCAUCGAACUUACUCUGAAAGAAGAGCAGGAGGAGUACAUCCGGGAGGACAUAGAGUGGACUCACAUCGACUACUUCAAUAAUGCUAUCAUUUGUGACCUUAUAGAAAAUAACACAAACGGAAUCCUGGCCAUGCUGGAUGAGGAGUGCCUGAGGCCAGGCACCGUCACCGACGAGACCUUCUUGGAGAAGCUGAACCAGGUCUGCGCCACCCACCAGCACUUUGAGAGCCGGAUGAGCAAGUGCUCUCGGUUCCUCAACGACACGUCCCUGCCGCACAGCUGCUUCCGGAUCCAGCAUUACGCUGGCAAGGUGCUCUACCAGGUGGAAGGAUUUGUUGACAAGAACAAUGACCUUCUCUACCGAGACCUGUCCCAAGCCAUGUGGAAGGCCGGUCAUGCCCUCAUCAAGUCUUUGUUUCCGGAAGGGAAUCCGGCCAAGAUCAACCUGAAGAGGCCGCCUACAGCUGGCUCACAGUUCAAGGCAUCCGUGGCCACCCUGAUGAAAAACCUACAGACCAAGAACCCAAACUAUAUCAGGUGUAUCAAACCGAAUGACAAGAAGGCUGCGCACAUCUUCAGUGAGGGUCUGGUGUGUCACCAGAUCAGGUACCUGGGUCUCCUGGAGAACGUCCGGGUGCGGAGGGCGGGCUACGCCUUCAGGCAGGCCUAUGAGCCCUGCCUGGAAAGAUACAAAAUGCUGUGUAAGCAAACCUGGCCUCACUGGAAAGGCCCAGCAAGGUCUGGUGUGGAGGUUCUGUUUAAUGAGUUGGAGAUUCCAGUGGAAGAAUAUUCCUUUGGUCGAUCAAAGAUAUUCAUCCGAAACCCAAGAACGUUAUUCAAAUUAGAAGACCUGAGGAAGCAACGGCUCGAGGACCUGGCCACUCUGAUUCAGAAGAUUUAUCGGGGGUGGAAGUGCCGUACCCACUUCCUGCUCAUGAAGAGAAGCCAAAUUGUGAUUGCAGCCUGGUACCGGAGAUACGCGCAACAAAAGAGAUAUCAGCAGAUCAAGAGCUCAGCCUUGGUGAUUCAGUCUUACAUCCGGGGCUGGAAGGCUCGGAAAAUCCUGCGGGAGCUGAAGCAUCAGAAGCGCUGUCAGGAGGCAGCCACGACCAUCGCCGCCUACUGGCACGGCACCCAGGCGCGAAGGGAACUGAGGCGGCUGAAGGAGGAGGCUAGGAAUAAACAUGCUAUUGCAGUUAUUUGGGCUUGCUGGCUUGGAUCUAAGGCUCGAAGGGAAUUGAAACGCUUGAAGGAGGAGGCUAGGCGUAAGCAUGCCGUUGCUGUCAUUUGGGCUUACUGGCUUGGACUGAAGGUACGCAGGGAGUACCGGAAAUUCUUCAGAGCCAAUGCUGGAAAGAAAAUCUAUGAGUUUACGCUUCAGAGAAUUGUGCAAAAAUACUUUUUGGAAAUGAAAAGCAAGAUGCCUUCCUUAUCUCCGAUAGACAAGAAUUGGCCAUCAAGACCUUACCUCUUCUUAGAUUCUACUCACAAGGAGCUCAAAAGGAUUUUCCACUUGUGGAGGUGUAAAAAGUACAGGGACCAAUUCACAGACCAGCAGAAACUUAUUUAUGAAGAGAAACUAGAAGCCAGUGAACUCUUCAAAGACAAGAAGGCUUUAUAUCCAUCCAGUGUUGGGCAACCAUUCCAAGGGGCUUACCUAGAAAUCAACAAGAACCCCAAGUAUAAGAAACUCAAGGAUGCCAUUGAAGAAAAGAUCAUCAUUGCUGAAGUUGUGAACAAAAUCAAUCGUGCUAACGGGAAGAGUACAUCCCGGAUUUUCCUCUUAACAAAUAAUAAUCUCCUGCUUGCUGAUCAAAAGUCUGGACAAAUCAAGUCAGAGGUUCCCCUGGUGGAUGUGACCAAGGUAUCCAUGAGCUCACAAAACGAUGGCUUCUUCGCCGUCCACCUCAAAGAGGGCUCGGAGGCGGCCAGUAAAGGGGACUUCCUCUUCAGCAGUGAUCACCUGAUUGAAAUGGCCACCAAGCUCUACCGUACGACUCUCAGCCAAACCAAACAGAAGCUCAAUAUUGAAAUCUCCGAUGAGUUCCUGGUACAAUUCAGACAAGACAAAGUAUGUGUGAAGUUUAUUCAGGGCAGCCAGAAGAAUGGGAGUGUCCCCACGUGCAAGCGAAAAAACAACCGUCUCCUUGAAGUCGCUGUGCCCUAACUGGUGCCGCCUCUGUGGUUUCACGGACUUGUGUCUUUGUAAUAGUGCAAUUUAGUUUUGUUUUUGUUUGGGGUUCAUUGUAUGUUUGGGAGUCGCCAAAGGCCAACUGUUAGAGUCCUUUGGCAAAAUAAAAAUAUUUGACUAAUCAA